AUGCUGCUCCAAGCAAAGGCCCUAAUACGCUCCGGCGGGAGCGUCGCCAAGUAUGCUGCUGCUAACCCGUCAUGCUUCAUUGUCCAACGAAGAGGACUUAGGCGCUCCUUUGGACCAAAGUACACGGCCAAGAUCAAUGAGGCCGAUGAAAAGUGGCAAGCGAGGGCUGAUGCGAUCAAGAAGGGCGGGAAGCAAGGUACUUGGGAUCUGUUUAAGGAGAGAGGUUAUGUUAAGGAUACGGCUGGCAAAGAUGAGCAAAUCGCCGAACUUAUGAGGACAAGACGGAUCGGCGCAUAUGUCGGCAUCGAUCCCACCGCACCAUCACUACACGUCGGCCAUCUACUCCCCCUGAUGCCGCUCUUCUGGAUGUACCUGGAAGGAUACAAGGCCUUUACCCUCAUUGGUGGCUCGACGGCAAAGAUUGGAGACCCGACAGGUAGGCUGACGAGCAGAGACAAGUUGAGCAGCAGUGAUGCGACAAUGAACAUGACCAAGAUUCACUAUCAACUAAAGAAGCUGUGGGAGAACGUGGACAUUCAGAUGCGAGCGCGUGGCUAUGAGGCCGAUUGGGCGCGGAUGCGAGGUAUCGUCAACAACAACCACUGGUGGAACAAGCAGCCCAUGCUCGAGGUUCUGAGGAGGGUAGGUCAGGCCUUGCGCGUCGGUCCCAUGCUGUCGCGCGAUACCGUCAAGAACAAGAUGACCAAGGGAGAUGGUGUGUCUUUUGCCGAGUUCAGCUACCCCAUCAUGCAGGGCUGGGAUUGGUUCGAGUUGUUCUACCAACGGGGAGUUCAGAUGCAGAUUGGAGGCUCUGACCAGUACGGCAACAUCAUUUCUGGUCUCGAAGUCGUCAAGGCCGCCCGCGACUCCGAGCCCGACCCGCAGGAGCGCCAACAUAUCGUGCCCAAGACUGUCAUGGACGAAUGCGUCGGCUUCACCGUUCCUCUCUUGACAGACUCGUCCGGUGCCAAGUUCGGCAAGAGCGCCGGUAACGCCAUUUGGCUUGACCCUUAUCAGACCUCCGUCUUCGACUUUUACGGUUACUUUGUCCGCCGGACUGACGAAGAGGUUGAGAAGCUCCUUAAGCUCUUUACCUUUAUGCCCACCAGCGAGAUCACCAAGGUUAUGGAGGAGCACGUCAAGGACCCUAGCAAGCGCGUUGCGCAACAUGCGCUUGCCCGCGAGGUCGCGACGCUUGUGCACGGUCAACAGGAGGCCACUGCCGCCGAGAAGCAGCAUCGUCUCAUGUACAGCGGCCAAAUGGCGAAUCCCCAAGUUCCUCGCCUCAAGGACGCCAUCACCGGUGGCGAUCCAUACAAGGUCAUCCCAGGCCAGCAAGUUACUUGGAACAACGCGCCCCGUAUCGACAUGAUCCUCCCCGAGUCGCUCAUCAUGGGCAAGUCCAUCGGCCGCAUUCUCUACGCCGCCGGUCUCGCCAGCAGUACCACCGAAGGCCACAAGCUCGCGGCUGCCCAGGGCUGCUACGUCGGUGGAGCAUACACCGCCGGCAAAGACAAUGUCACCAUGAGCCCGGACCUCGUCUCCUUCAUGCCAGUCAAGCUGUGGUUCCCUGGCGAGACCCAGCGCUACCUGAUUGACGGCAACCUGCUGAUUCUCCGCAAGGGCAAGCACAACGUGCGCGUGAUCAAGAUGGUUAGCGACGCCGAGUAUGCUGCUUCGGGCCAGACGUACCCCGGUCAGAGCUUCACCGGCGCGGUCAGGAAGCUGAACGAGAUCAUGAAGAACCUCAAGGACAAAAAGUUGACCCCUGAAGAGGCUAAGAAGCAAGUGGCCAGGUUGCAGAGGAGCGAGAAGGAGAAGAAGGAGCACGCCCGGCAGAUCGUCUUCCCCGAAGAGAAGAGCAGGCAGAAGAAGGACAUGGAGAUCAAGCUCAAGCAGGAGAUGGACACGACAAUGAAGACCAUUGAAAAGAUGACGGGCCAGUCUACGCGGAAAGAACCCUCCAUGCAAAGAGACCCCUUUGCACGGACACAAGAACCCUUUGCGCGGAGAGAACCCUCUGGGCGGGGAGCUGCGGUGAAGGAGACCCAGAACAGCAGGGAUCCAUUCAAGUGGUAG